AUGAACGAAACAAUAGUGAUGAACGAUUUAAACGAUAUGACAUCGAAUCCAAAUAAUAAUAUAUUCAUAUUUCAUACAAUAAUCCAAUCAAUAAUAAUGAUAAUACAAUAUUCAUGUUAUCUUGGCAUAGCAAUCUUACUAAUACCAUUCGUUGGUAUCUAUUCAUUUGACGUUUUCCUUUAUCUUUAUAGAUUAUUACAAUAUCUUUGGAAAUAUCAAAUUUAUAAAGGUCAACGUAGACGUCAUUCUCACAAAUGGAAAAUUCAACUUGGCAAGGUUCAAAAGAGAAAUCAAACUACAGAUGAUGGUAGCCAUAAACAUGAACACAAUGGUAAAAACAGAUUCCAAUUACGUUACUGUGAUCCGUGGACUGAUAGUAAUGUGAUAUUUAAUAAGAUACAAAGUCUCCUUAAGAUUAGAUUACAACUUUUAGGUUUAGGAGUAUAUAUAAAUAAGAGUGGUUCAAAAAUUAAUAAUAAUAACACUAUUAAUAAGGAUGAAUCGUCAUGCCACUCAGAUGAUGGUGAUGCUGAUACAAUAACCCAAACUAUAAGCAAUAACAGUAUCAAUGCAAGGACUACAGGUGCUAGUGUCCCUCUAUCGCUGGAUCGUUACGAGAUACAAGAGUUGAAAGCAUGCUAA